AUGCGGCCGUCGACCAUGUCGACCCCCUGCCUCCUCGCCCCGAUCCAGGAGUGCCCGGCGGAUUACUUCGUCAAGGACGUGAAGCUGGCCGUGCUGGGGACGGGGAGCGUGGGGAAGAGCGCUAUGAUUGUCCGCUAUCUGACCAGGAGGUUUAUCGGUGACUAUGAACCCAACACAGGGAAUCUGUAUUCAAGACUUGUUCAUGUGGAAGAUGACCAGAUUUUCUUGCAAAUUCAAGACACCCCAGGAUGUAUUGAGUUGCAAGAAGACAUCCCACAGAUGUUGGAUUCGCUUUCCAGGUGUCUAAAGUGGGCAGACGGGUUUCUUUUGGUCUACUCCGUUACGGACUACAACAGCUACCAGUCUAUCCGCCCCCUAUAUCAGCAGAUUCGGAAGAGCCGUCCGGACUCUAAAACCCCUGUCAUUAUAGUAGGCAACAAAGGGGACUUGACCCAUGCCAGACAGGUGGCGGCGAAGGACGGCCUACAGCUGGCCAAUGAGCUGGGCAGUGUAUUCCUAGAAAUCUCCACUAGUGAUAAUUACCAAGGGGUGUGUGACGUGUUCCAGUAUCUCUGCAAAGAAGUUAGUAAAUUGCACAGCUGCGGCAAUGGAGAGAAAAGGAGAUCGUCCAUCAUUCCACGGCCCAAAUCUCCCAACAUGCAAGAUCUCAAGAGACGUUUCAGGCAGGCCUUAUCUUACAAGGUGAAGUGAACCAUCACCUGCC